AUUCGUCACGUUACUUCUCUGAAGAUCGACCAACUUUAAUAAAACCGUCAAGAGUCGCCGGAAAGAUUACAGAUUCGGCGCGAUGAGGUUCCGGUACGCUAUGGUCUGUUCGUCGAAUCAGAACCGGAGCAUGGAAGCUCACGCUCUUCUGAAGAGACAAGGUCUCGACGUUGCUUCGUACGGGACUGGGUCUCAUGUUAAACUACCUGGACCAUCUCUCAGAGAGCCUAACGUUUACGAUUUCGGAACUCCGUACAAGCAGAUGUUCGACGAGCUCAGGCGCAAAGAUCCUGAACUGUACAAGCGGAAUGGUAUAUUGCAGAUGCUUAAGAGGAAUUUAUCUGUGAAGCUUGCUCCUCAAAGAUGGCAAGAUAAUGCUGGUGAUGGUGUCUUUGAUGUGGUUAUGACUUUUGAAGAAAAGGUUUUCGAUUCUGUCCUUGAAGGUAUUCUACAUCCUCCCCAUUUUACUGUUAGAUACUUUGUUUCAAAAUUGCUUCACUCUAAGGGGUCACUAAGUAGAUAGAUAUUCAUCACAAACUCUUAUAACAUUGGUUGUGGCCACCCUUGACCCAUUUGAAACAAAACGAUAUGUUGUGACUUUCAUGCGGUGUUUCUAAACAAUCUUCUCAUUUGGUUAACUUU